AUGAUUUUCCCAUUUGGUUGGGUUGUUUUUAUUUUAUAUUUGGAGAAUUCUUCGACAGCAGAAGAAUACUGCAUUUCGGAAGCAUUCAGACCCGAGUGCAGGCAAAAUGAGAUCAUUUCCAUAACAGCUGCUCUGUUCGGUCGCAGACAUUUUGGGAGGUGCUUGUCAGAAGACGAAGAAAAACCAUCGGAAGAAAAUCUCAACAACCCGAAAUAUAUAGGUUGCUACAGAGAUGUGAGACAAAUGAUCAGUCAGCUAUGUGCAGCGGAGAGAAAGUGUGAGGUCCCUAUAGCCAAAAUUAAAGUCCCGACCACCUGUCAUUCAUACUACAAAAGUUAUUUGGAGGCCGCAUAUAUUUGUUUGAAAGAAGAAUUUUGUUACUCCGAAUCAUUUAAGCCAAGCUGCGGCCCAAACGAAAUAAUUGUAAUAAAAGAGGCUCAUUUCGGUAGAAUUAACGUUGGAAGAUGUCUCCAAGAAGAGGGAAUACCAAGUGAUGAAAAUUUGAAAAAUUCAAAAUUCAUCGGCUGUUCCACUGAUGUCAAGCACAUCAUCGACCCAAUCUGUGCCGGGAAGCAGAGCUGCAGUCUGUUUGUGGCUCUCAUUAAAGUCAGCACCGAGUGUUUUCCUUAUUUAAAACAUUACCUGGAGGCCAGCUAUCAAUGCGUUAAAGAAGAAUAUUGUAACUCGGAAACAUUCAGACCGCAGUGUUUGAAGAAUGAAGUGGUCGUCGUAUCCGAAGCGGUUUUUGGUAGGAAGGUGUUUGGUAGAUGUCUGAGUGAAGAUGAUGGAGCGCCCAGCAAGGAACAACUGAACGAUCGAAAAUUUGUUGGCUGCUAUGUGGACGUGAAACAUUUGGUUGACCCUGUGUGUGCCGGUCAACAGAAAUGUGAACUUCCAAUUGCUAAAAUUAAAACCGCUACCAGCUGCCACUCGCACUUCAUAAAAUAUUUGGAAGCUACUUAUACAUGUUUGAAGGAGGAAUAUUGUAUUUCGGAAACAUUCAAUCCGAAGUGUUCAUCCAAUGAAGUAAUCAUCUUGCAGGAGGCUGUGUUCGGCCGAAGAUUCAUUGGCAGAUGCCUGCAAGAAGAUGAGAGUAGCUCAAACGAACUUUUGAAAAAAAUUCCCGGAUUUAUUGGAUGUUACGACGAUGUUUUGCCAAUUCUUCAAAGGCAAUGUGCUGGUUUGAAGCAAUGUUCUGUACUUGUGGCCUCUAUAAAGAUCAAAUCGCAGUGUCCUAGCUCGUUUGUGAAGUUCCUUGAGGUGGUGCAUCGUUGUGUGAAAGAGGAAUAUUGCAACUCCGAACUGUUUCAACCUCGCUGUCGCAAGCCAGACAACGUAAUCGUCAUCAAAGAAGCCAUCUUCGGAAGGAGAACACACGGAAAAUGUCUACAAAGUGAAGGAACUCCUAGUGCCAGCAACCUAAACGAUAAAAAUUUCAUCGGUUGCUACGCCGAUGUUAGUCACAUUAUUGAAGCAAAGUGUGCUGGAAGAGAAGAUUGCGCUGUCUGGGUGGUGCAAGCCGAAACAGAAACUCAGUGUCAUAAAUACCUGAAGCAGUUUUUAGAAGUUCAGUUCGAAUGCGUCCAAGAAGAAUACUGUAAUUCAGAAAUAUUUCAGCCCAAAUGUCAAAACAACGAAAUAAUAAAGAUAGAAGAAGCGUGGUUUGGGAGGUUGGCCCUAGGUAGGUGUUUAAAAGAAGAUGAGGACGUUCCUAGCGAAGAAAACUUUAAAGACCUCAGCUUCAUAGGCUGCUCGGCUGAUGUUAAAAAUAUUUUGAACCUGCAAUGUGCCGGCGAAGUUAAAUGUGAAGUAUCGGUUGCGAAAAUUAAAGUUAAAACAACCUGCCAUCGCUACCUGAAACACUACCUCGAUGUUAUAUACGACUGUUUGCAAGCAGAAGAAUAUUGUCAUUCCGAAUCAUUUCAACCUCAUUGCUCCAGCAGCAAACAAAUCAUCAUCGUGGAGGCAUACUUCGGAAGAAUGCAGGUAGGCAAGUGUCUUAUAGAAGAGGACACUAACGCCAGGGAGAAUCUAGAUGAUUCCAAAUUCGUCGGUUGUUUUGUAGAUGUGAGCGGGCUGAUUGCACCCCUCUGUGCCGGCAAACAUCAGUGUGAUAUUUCUGUUGCCAAGCUGAAAGUUAAGACGAGUUGUCAUGGGUACCUGAAGCAACAUCUUUACGUCAAACAUAGGUGCAUCAGUGGUGAGUUGCUGUUUGACUUUCACAUUCUUGAGAUGAUCCCGCGAUUAAAUCAUUUAAAAUGCAAUUGGAAGGAAUAUUGCCAUUCAGAAACAUUUCAACCGAAUUGUCGCCACCAAAAUGAAGUAAUAUUUAUAGAGAGGGCAUCAUUUGGUCGGAUGAAUAUUGGGAAAUGCUUGUUAGCGGAAGGCCCCAUUGACGAAACAUUUGCGAAAAAUCCUGGAUACGUCGGUUGUUCUGUUGAUGUUUCUUCCAUCAUCAUUUCAAAAUGUGCUGGCAGAUCUCAGUGCGAAGUGUCUGUUGCAAAGAUUGAGGCUGAAAAUUCAUGUCUCGCCUUCUCCAAAAGUUAUUUGGAAGUUGAAUACAGUUGUAUUAAAGAGGAAUAUUGCAAUAAAGAGUCAUUCAAACCAGAGUGUUCCAAGAACGAUGUCGUACAGAUAGUUGAGGCUUUGUACGGCAGAAAGAGAAUAGGCAGAUGUUUAUCAGACGCUGGAGUGCCAGAUGAACAUUUGUUAAAGACGCCAGGUUUCGUUGGAUGUUACGCAGAUGUAAAGAGCAUUAUUGAACCUUUGUGUGCUGGAAGGAUGCGAUGUGAGGUGGCUGUUGCCCAAAUAGACGUUGAUACUCACUGCUCCAAACAUUUCAGAUACUACUUGGAAGCCAAACAUCGCUGCUUGAAAGAAGAAUACUGUAUAUCGAAAUCAUUCCAACCUCGGUGCAACACGUACGAAAUAAUUUUUAUUGAGCAUGCCUUCUUCGGAAGACAAAAAAUUGGAAAGUGUCUGCUACACGAAGGUCAGCCGACUGAGUCCAACUUGGAAGAUGAAAAAUUUAUUGGAUGUUACUCAGAUGUUAAACGCUUGUUAGGACCUCUCUGUAAUGGAAAGCAUCAGUGUGAUGUUCUGGUGGCUGAAAUUGAAGAAGAAACAAACUGUCACAAGUACCUCAAGCACUACUUAGAAGCUUCGUAUCAAUGUUUAAAAGGUAGAUUUUACGAGAUUUUAUUGAAAAUGUUGUUAAUUUUGAAGUUUUUGUUGACUCUAGCAAGCUACGGAGCAAGUGAAGAAUACUGCAUAACUGACUCGUUUCAACCGAGGUGUCACAAAAAUGAAAUCCUCGCCAUAACGGAGGCUCUCUUCGGCAGGCAAAAAAUUGAAAAAUGUCUAAAAGACGAAAGCGGAAGCGAUCUAAUAAAUGUGAAAGAUCAAGAAGUGAUCGGAUGCUACAGAAACGUGAAAGACUUCAUUGAUUCCAAGUGCUCCGGUCAACCUCACUGUGAUGUCCCAAUCGUGAAAAUUCAAGAAAAAACACCGUGUCACAGCUAUCUGAAACAUUAUCUCGAAGCCUCUUACGUCUGUUUGAAAGGUUGA